AAAAAUCCUGAAUUUCUCACUCUCUGCUUAGAUAUCUCAAGAAACAAUCUUCCUUACGGACUACGCACUCGCUCACAUUCUCAAAACCCGGAAGGAAAAAGAAAAAAAAAAAAAAGUAUGGAAAGAAGCACGCCAGUGAGAAACCCACACUCUUCCACCUCCGAUCUGCUGACGUGGAAUGAAGCUCCUCCACCACAAUCUCCGGCCUCCGCCUCAACCACCCAUCGCUCGCACCAGCCGUCGGAUAGAAUCAGCAAGGUGCUGUCUGGAGGUCAGCUCAGCGAUGAAGAAGCCCAGAGUUUCUUGAAAAAGAAGCCUUGUUCAGGGUAUAAAUUAAAGGAGAUGAAUGGCAGUGGUAUAUUUGCUGGUAAUGGUGGAGAUGAUGCGUCUCAUUCUAGUGCUGCUAACAAAACUAGCGUGCGGAUCUGUCAGCAAGCAAUGAAUGGAAUUAGCCAAAUAUCAUUUAGCACUGAGGAGAAUAUUUCUCCCAAGAAGCCUACCUCUCUCCCUGAAGUAGCAAAGCAGCGCGAAUUAAGUGGGACUCUGCAAAGUGAGGCCGACUUGAAGAAUAAAAAGCAGAUAUCAAAUGCGAAAUUUAAGGAGAUUAGUGGACAUGAUAUCUUUGCACCUUCCCCUGACAUUUCAACUCGAUCCUUAGCUGCUGCACGCACCUUGGAAUCAAAAGAAAACAAAGAUAUGGAGAAGCCUGCCCCUAGAAACAUUCGCACUUCUGUCAAAGUUUCUAAUCCUGCUGGAGGUCAGAGUAACAUCCUGUUUGGUGAAGAUCCAGUUACGAGGACAGCAAAGAAAAUACACAACCAAAAGUUUCAGGAGUUGACAGGCAAUGAUAUUUUCAAGGGAGAUGUUCCUCCUGGAUCUGCAGAGAAACCACUAAGCAAUGCAAAGCUGAAAGAGAUUAGUGGUAGUAACAUAUUUGCAGAUGGAAAAUCAGAAUCCAGGGACUAUUUUCGGGGUGUACGCAAGCCUCCCGGUGGUGAGAGCAGCAUUGCAUUGGUGUAACUCAGGCCAAUCUAACUCGCAAUAUUGCUUGAUUCAAGUAAUGUUGGUCUUAAUGUUAUUCCUGUGUGAGUGCUUAUGUUUUGACUAGUGAUGUGCCCUUUUGACAUUAGAGUGGUGUAUGAUGGCUGUGGAUUUUGUGUAAGCUAUUUGAGAUUUAGAUUAAAAUGCUGGAUAGAUGGCUAAUUGAGAUAUCUCUAUCCUCCCAA